ACCUGUUCAGGCAGCACCUGAGAUUCCUGAAAUGCUUCCCCCUGCUAAUGAGGCAUUUUGGUACCCUAAACCGUCAGCCAAUGAAUGACUUUUGCCCAUCCUACCCUCAGUCCCCCAAAACAUAAGCUUUGAAUCACCAAAAGUAAAGUUAAUCUACCUCCUGAUAGUUGGUCCUGGUGUGAGUAUUUACAGGAGUUCCAAACCCCCUACUCAACUUCUACUCAUCUCUGUUCCCUUGUAGACCAUAUUGGCCGAUUAUACAAGAGAGUGGGGAGAUCCACAUGUUAGCAACUUAGCAUAAAUCCCACAGUCUUGCACAUGCUAGGCAAAUGCUUUCCCGUUGAGUAAUAUCCCUGUCCUGAAAGAUGCUUUUAAAUCUGUGACUUGGAGAAAGCUCAUCACAGCUGACCAGAGAUGACAUGCUCAGAGAAGUGUGUUGUUUUAUCAUGCUGUUGAGAUCAGCCAUGAAAAUAAUGUAUUCAUGAAGCAUUUUGACUUUGUUUUUUAAAAGAAAUUGUCAAUUUUAGGAACUGCUGGUUUUGGAGGUUUUGUUUUAUGUUGCAGGAGGGGAAGAGACAUUGAAGGAAAGACUAGAAUGAUGACAAAAGGUUCUUAGUGAUGCACAUCUUUGUGACCUCUUUAUGACAAGGUCACAUCUUGUUCAUGCCUUUAUAUAUUUUAACAUCUAUGGCAAGCAUUUGGAUUUCAGCUUUGCAAGAAAGCCUUAAAAGCUUAAAAUAGGAGCCACCUUUUCUCAUUUUCUGAAAAUGUGGCCUGAGACAGAAGCCCUCUCUCCUGGACUCCCACUACUAUUAAGAACCCAAGUGUGAUUUGAAAAAAAAUUGUCAAGAAUAGUUAAUGCAUAGUCACAAAGAAUGGGAUUGUUCAUCUUGAACCUGUGCUGAGGAUGCCACAGAGUAAGCCAUUUAAAGUUUUGGCAACUGAAACGCUAAGUGAAAAGGCAUUAGAUGCAGAUGUGUACAAUGCGGUUGCAACAGAAAAAGUGGAUGGAACAUGUUGUUAUGUUACUAACUACAAAGGUCAGCCAUACCUUUGGGCGCGACUAGAUAGAAAACCUAACAAGCAAGCUGACAAAAGAUUUAAAAAAUUUCUACAUUCAAAAGAAAAUGCAAAAGAGUUUCAUUGGAACACGGAGGAAGACUUCAAGCCUGUCCCAGAGUGCUGGAUACCAGCAAAGGAAAUAGAAAAACAGAACGGGAAGCCAGUGCCUGAUGAAAAUGGACACAUUCCUGGUUGGGUACCAGUAGAAAAGAACAGCAAGCAGUAUUGCUGGCACUCGUCUGUAGUGAGCUAUGAGUUUGGAAUUGCCCUGGUACUAAGGCACCAUCCUGACGAUCCUGGGGUUUUGGAAAUUAGUGCUGUUCCCCUGUCAGAGCUUUUAGAGCAAACUCUGGAGCUGAUAGGAACGAAUAUCAAUGGAAACCCAUAUGGGCUAGGAAGCAAGAAAUACCCAUUACAUUUUCUUACACCACAUGGGGCAUUCCAGGUCAGAAACCUGCCUACACUGAAACACAAUGACCUGCUGUCCUGGUUUGAAGGCUGCAGAGAGGGUCAAAUAGAAGGGAUUGUGUGGCAUUGCGGUGACGGCUGUUUAAUUAAGGUCCACCGCCACCAUCUUGGUUUAUGCUGGCCACUUCCGGAUACCUACAUGAACUCCAAACCAGUUAUUAUUAACAUGAACCUGGACAAAUAUGACUGUGCUUUUGAUCACCAGUCUUUGUUUAAUAAGUUUUCAAAAAUAGAUAAGCAGAAAUUUGAUAGGCUCAAAGAUAUAACCCUUGAUAUAUAAAAUAGAAAUAAUAGUUGGGACUGUUGUGAUUUUUUUAUUGGGACAGGUUUGCCAUGUUUACACAGGUCAAUUUAUUUUUCCUAGCUGCUUGGCAAAACACAUGUCAACUUCUAAACAUGUUUCUAUGUAUUUAUAGAAAUCAUCGUUAGGUUUGAAUAACUUAACACAAAAAUAAGUAUAAAAUAAUCAAUUUUAAAUAGUAAGAUUGUUAUAAGCUUACCUUUAUGCUUUUAGAGAAUUUAAAAUAUGAAAAUAGGAAAUAUUUAUCAUAGCUCAUUAUAUACUAUAUAGUCAUAAAUUUUUGUCGUAGCUCAUUAUAUACUAUAUAGUCACAAAUUACUGAGGUCUUCAAAAAUAUACUUUUCUAACAAGUUAAAACUAAAUAUGAUUUUAUUUUUAAGCAAAAUAAUACAGUAUUUUGAGAGGUAAAUUCUGUAGGUCAGAGACUGAUUUCCAGCUGAAACUUCUAUGUCAUCAGUAGUUUUAAAUCUACAGUUUUAAAUGAGGCCAUUAAUAAAUCGGGACGCCAUUAGGACUUUCUCCAUCUUCCCGUUGUUCAGAAGCAGCAAGUGGGCUAGGCAAUUCAAAUCCAAAUUGUUCAGAAAGUUUGUUUAACUUCUCUUCUAAGAGAAUAUUUUUCUUCACUUCUUCCUUAUAAUUGUACUUCAGGUCUUCAAUUUCUUCAAAGAAUGAAGGGUCAAAAUUUUCCAGUUCUUUUUUCAGCUUUUUAAUUUCCUCCUAAAAAUUACAUACAGGAUACAUGUUUUUGGUUUGAAAUUUAAAUUUGAUUGUAAACACGAAAACUCAAAAUCUUAAAUAUUUUUCUUUAUAUUUUACCGUUCAAGGUUCCAUUGUACCAUGUGCAUAAUGUAUAAGCUGCCAUCUUUGGCUUAAUUUUAAGAUUGGAUCUUUAAACUGCCUCAGAUAUUCUCAGGCAAGCUAAAAGGAUUUUGCUUUUUACAACAUUUAAGAUUUUUCAGUAUUUUUAAUGUUCUGAUUUUUUACCUUUCUAUCUAAUAUUGAUGAUCACGGAAACUCUGGGACUUGUAAGAGUUGAGUACCUGGUGAAGGAGAGUGAUGUGAGCGGUGUUUACACUAACAGCGGUGAGCAGCCAGGGCUCACUUCUAGCCAUUGUGUUUCUGGAGUCUUAAGGGGGAGGACAGAAAUGAUUUAAGGUAAAGAUCCCUGAAAAUAAUUUCAAGGUGCUUAAAAAACACCUUUUCCACCAUGACCCACAAAUUAAGAAAACAGUUAAAAAAAAAAAAAAAAAAAAAAAAACCCUAAGAGGGUUGCAUUGGUUACAAUUUAAAAAUAAAUUUAUUCUCUAA